AUGGACGAAAACGGAAAAGUUCUGGACAAUCUGUCGGACAAAACAGAAAAGGAGGACAAUCUGUCGGACAACACGGAACAGGAGGACAGUCUGUCGGACAACACGGAACAAGAAGACAAUCUGUCGGACAACACGGAACAGGAGGACAGUCUGUCAGACAACACGGAACAAGAGGACAAUCUGUCGGACAACACGGAACAGGAGGACAAUCUGUCGGACAAAACAGAACAGGGGGACGAUCUGUCAGACAACACGGAACAGGAGGACAAUCUGUCGGACAACACGGAACAGGAGGACAGUCUGUCGGACAACACGGAACAGGAGGACGAUCUGUCGGACAACACGGAACAGGAGGACAGUCUGUCGGACAACACGGAACAGGAAGACAAUCUGUCGGACAAUACGGAACAGGAGGACAACCUGUCGGACAACACGGAACAGGAGGACAAUCUGUCGGACAACACGGAACAGGAGGACAACCUGUCGGACAACACGGAACAGGAGGACAAUCUGUCGGACAAAACAGAACAGGAGGACAAGCUGUCGGACAACACGGAACAGGAGGACAGUCUGUCGGACAACACGGAACAGGAGGACAGUCUGUCGGACAACACGGAACAGGAGGACAAUCUGUCGGACAACACGGAACAAGAGGACAAUCUGUCGUACAACACGGAACAGAAGGACAAUCUGUCGUACAACACGGAACAGGAGGACAAUCUGUCGGACAACACGGAACAGGAGGACAAUCUGUCGGACAACACGGAACAGGAGAACGAUCUGUCAGACAAAACAGAACAGGAGGACAAUCUGUCGAACAACACGAAACAGGAGGACAAUCUGUCGGACAAAACAGAACAGGAGGACAAUCUGUCGGACAACACGGAACAGGAGGACAAUCUGUCGGACAAAACAGAACAGGGGGACGAUCUGUCAGACAACACGGAAGAAGAGGACAAUCUGUCGGACAACACGGAACAGGGGGACGAUCUGUCGGACAACACGGAACAGGAGGACAGUCUGUCGGACAACACGGAACAGGAGGACAAUCUGUCGGACAACACGGAACAGGAGGACGAUCUGUCGGACAACACGGAACAGGAGGACAAUCUGUCGGACAACACGGAACAGGAGGACAAUCUGUCGGACAACACGGAACAGGAGGACGAUCUGUCGGACAACACGGAACAGGAGAACAAUCUGUCGGACAAAACAGAACAGGAGGACAAUCUGUCAGACAACACGGAACAGGAGGACAAUCUGUCGGACAACACGGAACAGGAGGACAGUCUGUCGGACAACACGGAACAAGAGGACAAUCUGUCAGACAACACGGAACAGGAGGACAAUCUGUCGGACAAAACAGAACAGGAGGACAAUCUGUCGGACAACACGGAACAGGAGGACAAUCUGUCGGACAACACGGAACAGGAGGACAAUCUGUCGGACAAAACAGAACAGGGGGACGAUCUGUCAGACAACACGGAAGAAGAGGACAAUCUGUCGGACAACACGGAACAGGGGGACGAUCUGUCGGACAACACGGAACAGGAGGACAGUCUGUCAGACAACACGGAACAGGAGGACAAUCUGUCGGACAACACGGAACAGGAGGACGAUCUGUCGGACAACACGGAACAGGAGGACAAUCUGUCGGACAACACGGAACAGGAGGACAAUCUGUCGGACAACACGGAACAGGAGGACGAUCUGUCGGACAACACGGAACAGGAGAACAAUCUGUCGGACAAAACAGAACAGGAGGACAAUCUGUCAGACAACACGGAACAGGAGGACAAUCUGUCGGACAACACGGAACAGGAGGACAGUCUGUCGGACAACACGGAACAAGAGGACAAUCUGUCAGACAACACGGAACAGGAGAACGAUCUGUCGGACAAAACAGAACAGGAGGACAAUCUGUCGGACAAAACAGAACAGGAGGACAAUCUGUCGGACAACACGGAACAGGAGGACAAUCUGUCGGACAACACGGAACAGGAGGACAUUCUGUCGGACAAAACAGAACAGGGGGACAAUCUGUCGGACAACACGGAACAGGAGGACAAUCUGUCGGACAACACGGAACAGGAGGACAAUCUGUCGGACAAAACAGAACAGGGGGACGAUCUGUCGGACAACACGGAACAAGAGGACAAUCUGUCGGACAACACGGAACAGGGGGACGAUCUGUCGGACAACACGGAACAGGAGGACAGUCUGUCGGACAACACGGAACAAGAGGACAAUCUGUCAGACAACACGGAACAGGAGGACAAUCUGUCGGACAAAACAGAACAGGAGGACAAUCUGUCGGACAACACGGAACAGGAGGACAAUCUGUCGGACAACACGGAACAGGAGGACAAUCUGUCGGACAAAACAGAACAGGGGGACGAUCUGUCAGACAACACGGAAGAAGAGGACAAUCUGUCGGACAACACGGAACAGGGGGACGAUCUGUCGGACAACACGGAACAGGAGGACAGUCUGUCGGACAACACGGAACAGGAGGACAAUCUGUUGGACAAAACAGAACAGGGGGACGAUCUGUCGGAAAACACGGAACAAGAGGACAAUCUGUCGGACAACACGGAACAGGGGGACGAUCUGUCGGACAACACGGAACAGGAGGACAAUCUGUCGGACAACACGGAACAGGAGGACAAUCUGUCAGACAACACGGAACAGGAGGACAAUCUGUCGGACAACAUGGAACAGGAGGACAAUCUGUCGGACAACACGGAACAGGAGGACAAUCUGUCGGACAACACGGAACAAGAGGACAAUCUGUCGGACAAAACAGAACAGGAAGACAAUCUGUCGGACAACACGGAACAGGAGGACAAUCUUCUGUCGGACAACACGGAACAGGAGGACAAUCUGUCGAACAACACGGAACAGGAGGACAAUCUGUCGGACAACACGGAACAGGAGGACGAUCUGUCGGACAACACGGAACAGGAGGACAAUCUGUCGGACAACACGGAACAGGAGGACGAUCUGUCGGACAACACGGAACAGGAGGACAGUCUGUCGGACAACACGGAACAGGAGGACAGUCUGUCGGACAACACGGAACAAGAGGACAAUCUGUCGGACAACACGGAACAGGAGGACAAUCUGUCGGACAACACGGAACAGGAGGUCGAUCUCUCGGACAACAUGGAACAGGAGGACAAUCUGUCGGACAACACGGAACAGGAGGACAGUCUGUCGGACAACACGGAACAGGAGGACAACCUGUCGGACAACACGGAACAGGAGGACAAUCUGUCGGACAACACGGAACAAGAGGACAAUCUGUCGUACAAAACAGACCAAGAGGCUUAUCUGUCGGACAACACGUGGUUGUCAGUGGAAGUAGUUGUAUCUCGUACCGCUAAUCCGAACAGCUAUAUCACCGAUCGUCCAUUUCUACCACGGAUUUCCCCUCUCAUUAUAACGGUAAUCAUCAGAAAGGAACGUGCGUCUCCGCACGUGAAAUCUACACCGCCAAUCACCUUAUCCGUUACAUAUUUCGCAUGA